UAGCUUUUUCGUUCAGUUGUCGCGCGGUCGGUGUGAUCAGGAAGUAGAACGAAGUGCAUUAGCCGAGUGCUCUGAAGAGGUUACUUCAUGACAUCACUGCGCUAUUUGGAAUCUUGCUUUCUAGAAGGGAGUCUUUUUUCCUGCAAUGUGAAAUCGCUCUUGUCGGUUUUUUUCUAUCGAUGCGGCGCUCUUGGAAUAUUAUUUUCGCCCGGCUAUAGAGUUACACUGGACGCUAUUGUUUGGAAAUUUCCGUGUGCUUUUGGCGGCGGGGUUUUAUACGUUUGGGCAGCGGUCGCAGUUAAUGCUUGCAAUAAAUAAAUAAUUACAGCUCGAAUUGGAUAUGCUUUUGGGCACAUUUAGAUCAUGGAAGUGCAGUCAUUUGCAGUUAGGAUUAGUUUAUUUUAAUCGAUGCAGAAUCGAAAUUUGUCAUUUUUAUCCUGCAUUUGUGCCCAAUAUCUGACAUGUAGCACAAAAUGAUUUUUCCACAUGUUCGGUAAUACAAAGCUGUUCUCGGUAUGCAAUAAUUAGCUAACGUUAGCCUUGCUAUUGAAUUCACCAGAUUGUGUUGAAAGCGCUACACAUUCAACAGGCAGAGAUGAUGAAUAUAUGUGGUCAAAAAUAUAUAUAUAUAAAUAAAUAAAACAAACACUUAAUGUUUCUUUACCUUUCAUCACUAGCAUGCACAUUUUUAUAAUGCUAGGAUCUCAUGUUUGUUUUUGAGCAAUGGAGAUGGGAUGUUAAAUCAGCCUCAUAAGUCAAAAGUGAAAACAAGCAUCGUAUUUAUAAUUGUAUAAGAGUUGAACUUCGAGGGAAAAUGUCCCUAAGAUCUGUUUAAUUUUAUUUUUGUGACAGACUUAUAUACUUGAAAUUAAAACAUGCUUAUCUGUUCCUGAAUUAUGCAAGCUGAAUGCAUACUUAGGGAUAAGGCUAAUAAUAGAUAUGCUUUUAUCUAUAUAUUUCAAUGUAUCAUAUUAUAUGCACAUUAUGCUAUUAUACUGUUACACUUACCACAGCUAAUUAUGAUACUAUAAUGGGGUUACAUAUAUUGUACAUAUAUACAUUUAUUUGCUUGGAAUACAUUUUAAAAACUUUGAAAACGUCUGCGCAUGUGCUUGACCCUGCAUUCAUAUAGAUGCACAGAUUGCAAUCUGUGCAUGUGUUUAAAUUAGUUUACUUAUGUAUAAUAAUGAGAAAGAUUACAUUAAUUGAAAUAAGUUCACCAAAAAAAAAAUCAAAUAACUUUUUAUUGUACGUGUACUAUGAGGAGUGAAAAGCUUAAGUGCUGGCUCCAGACAGUGCAAAAUACAACAUAUUCCCAAAAAACAAAAACAAUAUACAAUUAGCAGUGUUGACAGUAAUGCAUUUAAGACAAUGAAUAGGUGUACAGAUAGUCUGACUGUUGAUGGAAAAUUGUUGUAGGCAAUAUUGUUUUAAGUAACGAUUGGUUAAAGUGUAGUGCAUGCUAUGUCUUGAAAAUACUACCUAUUUACUCAUCUUUGAGAAGUUCCUGACCUUUGAGUUUCACUAUUAUGCUGAACGCAAAAUAAUUUAUUUUGAAGAAAGCUGAAAAUCUGUAAGCUUUGACUUCCAAAGUAAAAAAAAAGCACAUGUCAUAGAAGUCAAUGAUUUUCAGCAUUCUUCAGUAUGUAUUCCUUUGUGUUAUGUAUUCCUCCUGCUAAAGCAGGUUUUUAACAAGUGAAGAUGACAGUGAAUUUGUCACGUGAAAUGAUUUUCCAGGUUGGAAUAAACUGUCCUAUUUUUUUUCUUUCUUUCUUGAGUAUCCUAAUUAUUAGCAAAAGCAAUUCAGGCUUUGUUCACACAUGCCCAUUCACCUGAUUUAUUUAUUUAAAUCUGGACUGAAUGUACACACUGUUAUGCACUGAUUGUAUUUUGAUCCUCACUGUACACUGCAAUCGUUCAGGAUCUUGUAUAUAUAUCCAUGCUGGUUUCUAUAGAAAUUGUAUAUAGGUUGGUGUCAGCUUUGUGCUCUACAGACACACACAGUGACAAGCAGUAAACCACUGCAGGUGUUGCACCAUGUACCAGUUUCCAGUAAAAGGUUUGGAGAAGAUCCGCAGAACAAGGCGAAAAGUAAAAAAUAUUCUUGGAGAAUUUGGACUUGAAGCAUGUCUUAAUCUGGGCCAAGAACUCCAGGAAUAUUACCCAGGAGACAAUAUUUUUGAUGCUACAGACUGGUGCAAUUUGUCAGAUGGGUUUGAUGGCCGAUGGAGAAAGAAGUGGGAAUAUCGGACACAAGGAUUGUGCUGCACUUUGUGUAAUUUCUCCACAAGGUCUUGGCAUACAUACAAAACCCAUGUUCAGCGCUACCACGAUGAAGAAGAGCACAUGUGCAAGCUUGCAGCCUGUGCUUCCUGCCCGUUUAUAGCCCACCCCAGAUUGGUCUGCAAGCAUCUCAAGUUGUUCCACAAUGAAGAUACAAAGUCAGAAACAUCUGCAGCCCCACAGCUGCCUCCAAGAGCUGUGAAUGGCACCACAUUUCAGUGCCGAAGAUGUCAUAUACAAGAUACUCUUUUGUACAGCGUGAAAAAGCAUGUUCUUCUAUAUCACUACACUUCCACAUUAAAUAAAUAUGCUGGUCAAAGAACGGAGCAGGAACUUGUGGCCCUAGGAGACCGGUCUCAGAAGUUCUACUGCAAAAAGUGUUACAUAUCGGCGGAGUCAUCCGAACACUUGCUGUACCAUCUUCUGACCUCAGAUAAGCACAAGGAACUGGAUGUGCAUAUCAGAUCUUUAAUUUUUGAAACCGAUAAUAAGAAACAGUUCCCAGCACUUGCACCAAAAGCACAAGGGCCUUCUCCUGUCAUGAUGAUGAAAGAUCAGCCAGCCGCGACUGCCACAUUGGCCGCUGGUGGAAUUACAGGAGUGGAAAAUGGUGGUUCUGCAGUCAUUGCUACUCCUGGAACCAGCCAGGCAUUUCUUCCAACUCAAGCUUCUGCUCUUGUUCAGCUUGCUAGUGCUGAAGCAAAGGGUUUACUGAGGCCUGGAGUCCCAAUGGGUUUUCAGAACACCCAAAUGCCCAGACCUGCUCUACCUCCUCCUCCUAACAGCAUUCCUCCAAACCAGAUGCCUGUCAGAGUAGGCCUACCUAACCAGGCACAACUACAACCAGUUUCACGCCAAAUUGUCCUACCACCAGGUGUUCGGCUUAACGUACCUGGUGUUAGGCCACCAACUCCUCAGUCCUUUUCUGCUAAUCCAAGGCUUCCUCUAAAUCAGCCACCCUCUGGAGGAACCAUGCUAACUUCUCAAUCUCUUUUGAGCCACUUGAUCCCCACUGGCAACAAAGUCGACGGCUUGCCCACCUACACACUUGCACCUUUGCAGGUCCUGUCAGUCCAGGCAAAUAACUCCCAAGGAGUCAGCAAACCACAAUUGCCUCCAUCCCAGAACAAUCCAGCUGCUCAGCAAAACAAACAAAGCAGCGGCUUAUCGACCCCCAAGCAAACCAAGAAGUGGAUCACAUGCCCUAUUUGUAAUGAACUCUUCCCAUCUGAUAUCUACGAGUCCCAUCCAGAGGUUCACAAAGAGGCAGCUAAAUUGCCCAAGGUUGGCCUUGCUGCUCGUGCUCCAUUUUUGAAAAAGAUGCCAGACAAGACGGUGAAAUGCCUGACAUGCAAGAUCCUGAUUUCGGAAAAGGGUGUCUUUGAGCACCUGCUUCAUGGCAUGAACUGCUUGUUUUGUUCAGGGCUCUUCUACUCCAUCAAGCAACUUGUCGACCAUAUCCAGAUAGAACAUAAUGUGUCCCGAAAGAGCAACUGUGAUUUCAUGAGGCGUGAAUACAGACUGUAUACUGAUGAUUCAGGGAAUCUGCUUUUCCCUUACUUCGAUAUCAGGACCACAGCUCCUAAACUUAUAAUGGGUGAAAAGGAGCUCAAUCUUGCAUUGGUCACAAGCUCCCUCGAUUUGAUUUUUGUGAAGAUGUUGCCCAACAAUCCUCAGGGUGUUAACCAGCAGUACACCCCAUGCAAGAUGCCUACACCCAAGCCUGACAGUACAGAGUGCCCCUUCUGCUCGGAGAAGCUUCUGAACAAAGAAUGCUACCACAUGCACCUCAAAGAGAAGCAUUUCAUUGUGCCCACUCUGCAUGCUAUACUUAAAACCCCAUCCUACAGAUGCCUCUACUGUGGUGGUGUGUACACUGGAAAAACCACCACCAAGGCCAUCAUUGUCCACUUGGCUAAAUGCCGCAGUGCACCGAAGAGUGUCAGAGAGAGCGAUAAACUGACUUUAGGAUUGGCUGUUACUCCUAAAGCAAACCGAGCACAUGGUUCAUACCCGGCUCAUCCAAGACAGAUCACAGGUCCAACCCCAACUUCCGCUCAAGCUUCUGUUCCUUCCACUCAGCCACCAGAAUCAGAAGCAGAGAUGCAGAGUAAGAUGCGCCUGGAAAUAGCCUUCAGAGAAGCAAUGGAGGCGAAUAGAAAAGAGCGCGAGGAACGAUUGGCAAGAAAGAGAAAACUUGAGCGAGAUAGGCUGGCUGGUCUGACCCUCCCCUCACCUGAUAUAGUAGUCGAUCCUUCUGUAAAAUUAGCAUUGGAUCCUGCCGGAAUGGAGUUACGUACUUUUGAAGAUCGACGAGAGUUUGUCAAUAAGUAUUUCAACACCCAGCCUUACCCUCUCAAGAAGGAGAUUAUUGCCCUGAGUGCCCGUUUACUGCUUAACAAAACUGACGUUGCAUGCCAGAUUAGCUCAAAGCGCACCAGAUGCAUGAAGAACAUACAGAAGAUGAAGGCUGUGGUACUUCUAGGCUUCAACAUGACAGAGGUCAUGAAACUGAAGCAUGACCUUCUCAUCCCAGAGAUUGAACCAGAGAAGGUGGCCACAAUGGCAGAUACAGAUAUGGAGGUUGACCAGGAGUAGCUUUACAGCACUAAUCAAGACAAAAAAAUGACUUGCAAUGCAAGUUUUACUAAGAGACUGAAUUAGUAUGUGUUCCUUGAAACAAUGCAAAAUAUGUUCCAUUUUCACCGAAACUAGUGUUAAACUGUUAACCAAGUCGAAGAUUUAAGCAGGUAAAAAUGCAUUGAAUUUUGCUGCUGUUUAUAAUCUUGUGAAUACUUAGGUUUUGUUUCAUGUUAUUCAUUUUAAAGUAUACAUGCAUUGUUUUUCCACUGAUGUAUCACUUCAAGUAGGUCCAUUUAAAAAUAGCUGUUUGUAGCCCAUUUAUAGUUGUAGGGUUGAAUAUGUUUGUGAUUUAUACUUUUCAUAUAUGCCAAACCUCAUAAACUAUUUUUGUCAUAUUUUCUUUAUAUAUUUGUUUGAAUUUAAGAGUUUAUAAACUUAACUGUUUCCACUUUUCUUUUAGACCUUGUAUCCUACUGUUAAUUCACUUUAUUGUCAAAUUUCAUUUAUAUCUUGCUUGCCUUAUACUUUUAUAAAUAUGUUAUUCCUAUUAUUGUUUCAAACUGAUUUUGUUUCUUUUUUGCCAAAAAUGUUUCAUAUAAUAUGCUUAUAUAAGUGACAUCUUCUCAGCUGAUGCAUUUUAAAAUAUGAAGCUUUGGAGAGGAGUUUGACUUGCAGUUCAUUUCAAUUGUAUAAUAAUUGUAAGCAUCAUGAUAUUACGACUCUUGGUUUUCCAUUCAAUUUCCCCCUGUUCAGUAUUUAGUAUGGUAAACAACAACAUCUAAACUUACAUAUUGAGCUGUGUAAAUAAAUUAGAGCAUAUAUCCGUCCAAGUGUACUUCUUUUAAUUGUAUGUUUGUGUAGUGAUGGUUACUUGUUAUUACCUAAAGCAUAUUAUUGGAGGACAAAAUGUACAAGUUAACCAAUUUAUUGUUUAUUUAAACUAUAAAUUACAUUACACAAAUGAGGAAAAUAAAAUAAUUGUGAUCAUAUUA